AUGAAUUACUUGGCCCGUAAAAGGAGCGCAGUGUCUGUUGAAAGCUCUUGGAACGCCCCUCUCACCGAACUUCCGUGGUACCGAUGGUGGCUUUCCCAGCAAAUCCGCAGCCAGCCGCAGCGACUGCUGUUGCUGGGUCUGCCAAACGUGGAAGGCAUUGACGACUCGAACGGGGCAGCGGAAUUAAUCCUACCUUUGCUGGAGCGUGUCAAGGAUCUUGUGGCGGCACAAGAGUCUGCAACCGUCGACAGCAUCACAGAUGCGCUUGCGGGACUGGGCAUGCUCUCCGUCAACGACCGUUGCGAAGCCUACCAGUCAGCAAAGCAGCUCGUUUUUGCUGCCUUGGGGUGGCUAACAAUGCUCUACAAGCCUAACCUGUCGAACUUCACGGCCGGGGAGUUUGCCAUUCUCGACGAAACAGACGGAUACAGAGGCGGAUCGCAAGUCUGCCUCGUUCAACUGCCGCACUCGAGUAAGCAGGACUUGCCAAGCUUUCUGCUCGGGUUUGGCCUGAUGCUCCCACCUCGGGAUUACUGUGUCGUCGAUGCCCCUGAUGAUAAGAAGAUGUUUCAAAAAACAAAAGCAAUCACCGCCAAGGACUUCAAUGCCCACGUCUUGACCAAAGUCUGCGGGCUCCGAAUCCAAUGGGUCGACUGUCUUUCCUGCCACCUGGAGUUGGAUAGGCAUUCCGGUACUCUCUUUCUUUUCCGGUACCCUUCGUUCUGUGUGUCGACUCUUGGGCGCCGAAAGCAGUCAGGCACAAAACAACCGCCGGAUGACGUUAUUCACCGCUGCGGGCUCCAGGAAUCCGGUACUAUUGAUAUUCCGUGGGCCAGCCAAAGGGACAUUGUGGAGCUGCUGAAGGAGAUACUGCUCUCGUACCGCUUGCUGUUUGGUCAGAGCAGUCAGUCGAGGCAUUUGUUCCGCCAGCUGCAGCCAUUUGCAGGUAUACCGAGCCAAGGACACGAUCAGUUCCUGCCGUUAAUUUGCGGCAAAUCAAAGUGUCCGUGUCCCGUCACACUCGUUGAGCGGGACGAGUACGAUAUGGCUGGAGACUUUCCCCAUUUGCGAAGCAGGUUGGUGCUGCUCAACAGCUACGCAUCUGGUAAGCGGCCUCGCUCGAUCCUGCAGCUCUGGCGGGAUAAGCGUGACUCUACGGCUUGGAUCGCGUUCUGGAGUGUUUUGAUUUUCGGGUCGGCAAGCAUUUUCCUGCGUGUGUUGCAGACAGCUUUUCAGAUUCUGCAAUUUGUCCAGGGGCUAAAACAAGAGGUCAAUAAACUUCCCAGAUUCCCCCGCCAAGCUGAACAUCGCCAGAUCACGCCGUCUGCUGAAGAGACUGGAGACCUCAAUUCAACUGCGCAUCUGUCGCCGGGCAAACUCAUCCGCCCAUCCAGCUGUAGCCCAACGCGGCUUCAAUUUGCCAUGGCGGUACACGCCGUCCAAGUCUUCAAGCUGGGCAUCGAGACCCAGUUUGAGCGCCUGACAGAGACAGAGAAGCGAUAUGCGCAUCACAUGGCUCGCGCUGCAUGGCUUGGAGCAAGAAUCAUUCUCCGGCAAGUGUCCCCAGAAGCCUCCUCCAUUUUCGACUUCAUCACGGAGCUCCAUCGCAGCUGUUCAUGUAACUGGAACUCGCUCCUUGGGAGCGACCUCAGCAGCGUUCAACUCCAAGCCUUGUUGACAUACAUGGCCACGUUUUUGUCCAACGUUGGAAACUACUACGGCUCCGGGGACCAAAAGUUCAUCCCCAACGUGGACAAGGCGGCUCUGCACAAGCUGACAGCAAGAUCCACGGUGUUGGAGGAAUUGUAUCAGAACAUGUCCUGGGAUAUGCACGCCAUGCCGCCUUUUAAUCUCGGUUUCCCAAGCGACACGGCGCAGAGCAGCUACUACCCAGGGGAUGCCGUUGGCGAAUCCGACGCAAACGCCGUGUCCAAGAUCCUGGAGCAAAACACCAUCUUUCCUGAAAACACAAGACUUGAAAAGACCAAUCAGGGAUUCGAUGUCCUCAUCGCCUCGGUUGAAACUGGUGUCGCUGCCCAAUUUCCCCUGCCGAGCGGCCAGGAAGGGCACGUGAGACUUGUCAAGGGAGACCACUCGUCAGACCUACAACGCAUCUGCGCCGAGUUAAAGGAAGCAUCUAGAUAUGCGGCCAACGAGCUGCAGAAAAGUCUCAUCAGUGCGUAUAUCGAAAGCUUUGAAGCGGGCAGUCUAGAUGCGUACCGCAAAUCGCAACGCCUCUGGGUUCAGGAUAAAGCACCGAGGGUGGAGAAUAUCUUUGGGUUUGUCGAGCCGUAUCGUGAUCCGCAGGGGAUCCGAGCCGAAUUCGAGGCCGUGGUUGCUAUUGCGGACGACGUGGAGACUUUGCUUCUCACCAAACUGGUUGAUAAUUCUGCCAGAUUUAUUCGCCGGCUCCCUUGGGCAACGCCCGAGAAUGAUGGCAAAGGACCGUUUGAGAAGAGUCUAUUUGAGCCGCCGGACUUUUCGAGCAUUCACGCUUUGGCGUACUGUUCCAGCAUCAUCUUUCCAGGGAUAAACUUGCCCAAUUAUAAUGACAUUCGCCAAGAAGAUGGGUUCAAGAAUGUCAUCAUCUCGAAUCGCAUGAUCGCUGAGAGCCAAGCAAUGCAGUACCCUUUCGUACAAGAGUCUGAAGCUGAACAAUUCAAGAAGCACAAAUUUCAAGCCUACUACUGGUGGGUUGUGCUCCAUGAGCUGCUGGGCCAUGGCACGGGGCAGAUGAUGGUGGAGAGUGCCGACGGUGUGUUCAAUUUCGACGCCGAGAACCCGCCCAUCAACCCCCUUGAUGGGAAACCCAUCUCGACCUGGUACAAGCCAGGUCAGACUUGGACCGGCCAGUUUGGCGAUCUGGCGACUACCGUCGAUGAAUGCAGGGCUGAACUCGUUGGCGCCUACCUGAUGGAUGAUCCAGAGCUUCUUGCCCUGUUUGGCUUCACCGACAGCUCUGAGAUUUGCGCCGAGGAUUUAACGUACAAUUUAUACCUGCAGCUAGGCGUGGAUGGAUUACGCGGGCUCUCGAAUUUCAACGUACAAAGCAACAAAUGGGGCCAAGCUCACAGUCGAGCACACUUUGCCAUCUUGAAGUGCUUGCUUCAAAGUGGCGGCGGCGUCGUAACCGUGACCCACAGCAGGCUCGAGCAAAGCUUGAAAGUGCGAGUGGACCGAGCCAAGAUUCGUACUCACGGGAAACCCGCGUUGGGCAACAUGCUUUUGCACCUGCACAUGUUUCGAUGCACAGCCGAUGUCCAAGGCUGUCGAACAUACUACGAGAAGCUAUCGAGCGUUGAGGGCGAGCAUCUCGAGUGGAGGGAGACUGUGCUCGCGACCAAACCACCUCCACUCAUCUUUGCGCAGGCUAAUACCUUUCUCGACGGUGACACUGUCACCUUGAAGGAGUACGAACCCACGGUGGAGGGCGUGAUUGCAAGCUGGGCAGAACGGCAGGUUUGA